AUGAGGGGAGCGGCUAAGGUAGCCAGUGUCUAUGAAUCGCCUGGCUUCUUUCUAGGGUUGGACCCAAUUCCAGGAGCCCUUGAAGCUAUGCAGGAGAUGAUCCACAUGCAGGACACUGAAGUCUUUAUUUGCACAAGUCCUCUCCGGAAAUAUGAGCACUGCAUCGUGGAAAAGUAUAAGUGGGUGGAAAAACAUUUGGGACCCGAGUUUGUGGAGCGGAUUAUUCUAACCCGAGAUAAGACCGUCGUAUCUGCUGACUUGCUGUUUGACGACAAGGAUACCAUUAGAGGCGCAGAGCUGAACCCGAGCUGGGAGCAUGUCCUGUUUACCUGCUGCCACAACAGGCACGUCCAGCUGCAGGCACCACGCAGGCGGCUGCUGUCCUGGGCGGAUGAUUGGAAGGCAAUCCUGGAAAGCAAGCGCAGGCAGUAACGCAAAAAGGGGAUGCUGUGCUCUUCCCACUGCCGGGGCAGCAACCAGCUCACCCGCUGGCCGGGAAACCCAUUCCCCGGAGGCAGCGAGCACCGUCCCCCGGGCGGGGGUCAGUUAUAAGAAAUGAGCUGCCCUUGUUAGACACGCUGCAGAGCUGACCCCUCUCCAGGUUUCUGGAAUAUUGCUCUGCAUUCAGUUAGUUAAUCUCUGUGGAGUUGUUUUGGAUGUUUGCUGUUGAAGAGAAACUAUAAAGUACGAGCAGUUGUGGAUUGUUUUUUUUUUUCUUGUG